AUGUUCGCUCACAAAAUAUUUUGGAUUAUUUGUCUAAUAACUAAUCUAAUUUAGGCUAUAUUGAAUGGAUUGAAUCAAUCGGAAUACGAUAUUUUGAGCAAUGUAGUGUUGUAUUUGAUAAUUGUUGAUCAAUUCAGUCUCAACAUUUUUAGUUUUUUUAUCAGAAAAUAGGACAAGAUUGAAUUCGAAGGCAUCUCAGGACUUGGUAUGACUGUACCAGAUUACGAGGAUAGUAGACAAAAUAUGAUACCUAUAUAAAAUAGUUUUAUUGGAUUAUCUUCUACUUAAUCCUUAUUCAAAUGUAAUAUUCAUUUUAGUAAAACUUGGAAAAUUGUAUAACAAAAGGAUGGUAGAAUAGAUGCAGUAAUUACAUUAAAAAUAUUUCUAUCCAAUCCUAAUAAACAUUAUCAACUUAAAAAGACCAUCAAUGAUUUUGUCAUGCUUGAAAGUAGGCUCUAAUAGGAAGAUAAAUUUGGAUUUGAAAUUUAUAAAUUACCAAAUGACUUUUUCCAACAUGGACCUGACACUAAUUAAAUGUUUAAUGAGAAAAUAGCUAUGAUAAAGAUUUGGUUGAGACAAAUUAUUUCUAAAAUAGAGUAUUUGACUCCGAGCAUCUAUGAUUUUUUAGAAUUCGAUGAUGCAACUCGGGUUUGUAUAAUAAAAGACCAGAGAAAUAAAAGCAACUCGCUUGAUCAGAGCAAUUGA